AUGACCGUCUUCUACCCCGACAACGUCCCCCGCGCGGACCGCCUCCAGCAGCUGAUCAACAACAUCGGCGUGCUGCAGACCGACAUCUCUCAGGAGAAGGCGCGCAUGGACGAGCUCGACGAGAAGUCGCAGACGAUCCUCAACGCGCUGCUCAAGGAGGGCAAGAUCAAGACCCUCGCCGCGCUCAAGAACGAGGCGAUGAGCAAGCUGACUGAUGAGCAGAAGCACGAGUUUGAGGCUUUGAUUUCGUCUACGAAAGAAGUGGCUAAAAUCACGGAGACGAUGCUCUGGAUCGGUCUCCUCCUCGGAGGUGGCAAGCUCGUAUCCCUCGGAAGCAAGGCGAUUAUGGCGCUCGUGCGCGGCAUCGCCGCCAUACAAGCCGUUCGCGCCAUCGUCACCGCGUUCGUCGAGGCGAUUCCCGGUCUGGCGCGUGGCGCAGCUGCCGUUGGAGAAGCCGUCGCAAACGCCGCCGCUCGGGCUCGAGCCAUCGCGCAGACCGGGAAAGAAGCGGCUGGCCUCGUAGGUCAGGAAAGCAAAGUUGCGCGCUUGUUCAAGUUCCUGGGCAAGAUCGGAAAAUGGCUUUCGUGGUUUGGCGUCGUACUCGUGGGCGUCGCGCCGCUGAUCGAGGUCAUCGUCGGUGGACAACAGAAGGACAAGCUUAUUGAAGGCAUCCACGAGACUCAGGUUGUCCGCCUGGUCAUCGACGCGAUCAAGCAGCAGGCGCGACACGUCACCGAGCAGAUGAGCACGAGCACGACGUAUCUCAACCUCCUCAACAAGGGCCAGACCGGCGCCGCCUCCGCCAUUGCUGAAGAUAUGAUCGACACGAUAAAGGAGGAAGACUCUAAGAUUAACCUCAACAAGCUCGAGGCCGAUCUUCGCGACGCAGAUAACUCGACGGUGAACAAGUACUUCAAGGAUGAUUGGGACGUGGCUACUGUGGUUGAGAAGGCCGAGAAGGAGCGCGAAAAGGAUGCUGCAGCUACCGCGCUGACGAAGAAGGAGAAGUGA